GGGAAACCGCAGGAUGCGAGGACUCCUGGAGGUGGCAGAGGAGAAUCAGGCCUCCCUUCUGAAGCAAGUUACGGUCGACGCUCUGAAGAAAAUUAAUGCCGAAAAACACAAGUAAAAUGUCUCCCAUAGGCUGUAUGACAACAUUUAGGUUUUAAUCAGUUUGUGCAGUCGCAACCAAAGGCGAGGAGAAGGGGACGCUUCAUUGCGCAGUAGAAAGUGAUAUGAGGAUGACUUACCUGAAGAAAAAAAGACCCAGUGGUGUGAUCACCGUUUACAAUCCUUUUCCUGUCAGCCUGUUAAAAAUAGAGGAGCACAUGGCCGAUGUGAAAGAAACCACAGGGAGCAGCAGGAGUUUGGCUCAGCCGAGUGUGAGGGCAAAGAGCAGUUUUAUGUGUGUCAGAUCAGGGAUCAGGAAUCAGGUCCCAUCUCUCUGUGGGCCAAAGCUCAGGGACCAGCUCUCUCAUACCUCCCUCAGACAACUGCAGGCAAAGAUGGAGACUGAAAAUCAUCAGGUCCAAGAAUUACUUCAGCCUUUAUUGAACAGAGAAAAUGGGUUCAUGAAGGAGCUGGAAUCUUAUCUGACUCAGAGAGACAUAGCAGAGCUGAGGAAGAGGGAGCUUCUACACAAGCGCUGGACUGAACGUGUGUGCUUUCCCCUUCAGAAGAGAGUGGAGGAACGUGUUUCCAGCUGUAACCUCAUGGUGGCCAAGAAAUACCAAAACAUGUACGGUCACUACCUCCGACACAGUAACUCUAAGUUCAACACAGCAGACAUAAAGGAGAAGCCAUAUUUUCAAUUACAUGAAACAACAGGAGAAGAUAGACCAGCCACCUCUUGCCAAGCAGGAUCUAAAAACACUUGGGGCCAAACGCAGGAGCUAUCCCUGACUGAUCGCUCUUUUAACAAGUCUGCGAUGUCUCCGGCUAACCAGCUUCCUCAGACCUUACCGAACCAUCUGCUGCCUGCGUUCCUCAACCUUCCAGAAAAGGAUGAAGCCAAACAAAACAGCUCAGGCAAGUUUUAAACUCAUCCAGGAACAACACCAUGCGGUACUACAUCAGUGCAACAUCUACUUUGGAUGAGAGAUGCCAUCAGAGAAGCUGCUGGUUCUGCAGGUGUGAGUGUGUCCAAACCAGACGGUUCACAGCAUUUAAACGUACAAAUGACAAAAUCUAAAUAAAACCUCUGUAUGCUGAU